AUGAUGUUGUACUUGCUGAAUCACAAAGAUGUCAAUGUGAAGCGACUUUCUUGGUCGACUUUGCACAGCUCUGUUGCCAUUUUUAUCAGCAUGCUUUUAUUCAUGUCGACAAAGUCUCUUUGGAUCCUCAUGGCCGGACAUACUUUGGAUGGCACCCCAGCUGGUGUUGCCUUGAGCUGGACUCGCUAUGUGGUGGUUUGGAUCCUUGGCCCUGUCAUACUUCUUCGCCGUGGCGUAGAUGAUGAAUCAAGAGAAGCCUGGUGCUCCAUUGUCCAAUGGUUUACAGCCUUUUGCGGCGCAGAUGCUUUUGGUGAAUUGAUGAUGACAAGCGUCUUCUCAGCAUCAGUUGGUGCUCAGUUUGGUGGUUUCAUCCUGUGUUGCUUCAUCAUUUGGCUACAAUGCUUCGGUGCAUGCUGGGCUCGGCACUUUGUUGCCCUUGCAGCUUCAACUGACCGGGAGAUGAAGGAGAAGUGGGCAGAUUCUUGGCAAGUUGCGGAGACAACUUAUGCAGGAUACAUUCUCGGCCUGACUUUGUCAAUGUGGACGAGAUUUGCAACCUCUGGGAUCCCGACAGGUGCCUAUGGUCAACCACCAGGACAGACUGGAGCGCAUUCUGGUUUGCUUGCUUUGUGGACGGGCACUGCAGUUCUGGUUGGUUUUAUUGUUAUUGGUUUGGUCCACCGACUUGGAGCUCCUGAAAGGAGCUGGACCAGUCGCCGUUUCUCCCAAAUGACAACAUCAAUCAUGGCAAUGUUUUGUGCUUGGAUGUCACUUUACACCUUGGAGUGGGAGUUUCUGUACUAUACCAAUGCCAGCGGAUUUGGUGGACAGGCAGCUGAUAUCAACGCCAGCAUUCUACUGGCAAUUUGCUCUUCCGUCUUUAUGUUUGCAAUCAUGCGGAUUAUUGACUUCAUUGCUGACCGGACAGGCAGUCCAUCGGUGCGAUCAACAGCUAUCUUCUGCGAGCUGUUCAUAGGGCUGACUUGGCAGCGGGUCUUCUACAUGGCAAUCCGGUUGUCUGGACGCCAGUACAAGCAAGCAGAGCGAGUGAUCGAUGUUGUGUGCAUGUGGUCGUUGGCAGCCAUAUGUAGUCCGGCAUGGUCUUUCUACAUCCUUCCGUUCUUCCUGAAAGCCAAAGAGGAGGCUGAUAAGAAGAGACAGCUGCAACGACGCAUUUUAGUAGCUUCUUGUUGCUAG